UCUUAUCUUACUGUCCUGUGACUGAAAAAAACUUCAGUGACUUUGGUGAUUCCCUGAGUGGGCUGAGUACCCGGGGAAGAGGUUUCAAAUGUUCACAAAUUUUAUUGCAUAUCUCAGCACUGUACACCAAACUGAGCACAGGAAACAAGAACCAGUCUACAAGUUAGUCUGAACUGGUUUGUUGUUCCACCCACUGACAGUGAGGCUUGACUUGACACAAAAGACACUCAGGUUCUUUGGAAUUGGCUUUUUUAACACUAGAUAAUUGCAUGAAGUCCGAAAACGGUUUAAUUAAAAUUUAAAUAUUUUUAUCAUCAAAGAGACACCCCUGCUAAUUUCAGUUAAGCUUCAGUUCUCUAUAGAGCAAUACGCCAGAAUGGUCAGCGCUCUCUGCAUCAGACUGUGUGAGUACUUUCUUUUUCUACUUUCUACAUUAUUAUAAAAUUUAGGUUAUUCGUGCUAAUAAAAAUUUGAAUAUUUAAUUUGAUUUAUACUAUACUAAGAAGGCUAUUGCAUUUUGUGGACUAUGUAUGAGUUGUAAUGAUAAUAAUACUUUUGAACUUUUAGUACAUUUAGCAAUCAUACAGUAUGUGUUUUAGUUACUGUGUAGCUCUUUUUGUUCUCACUUCAGUGAUGAGCAUCAUGAUUCUGCUGUUUGUACAGGAUCAGAAAGUUGAUGCAGUUUCUCUUCGCAUCGUUCCAAACAGAUUGCAGUUCUUUGUAUAUGAAUCACUAACAUUUCACUGUGAAGGAGUCAAAUAUUGUGAAGUUGUGCAUAAAUUCAGAGGGAAAAUAAAAUCAUGUAGUGAAGUUACUGAGACAAGACCAACAGGAUCAUCCUGCCCUGUUAAAAUUGUUUAUACAGACAACAAUGGAGAGUACUGGUAUGAGCCUGAAGCAGGGAGAAGGAGUAAUAUUAUCAACCUCUCUGUUACUGCUGGUCCUGUGAUCCUGGAGAGUCCUGCUGUUCCUCUGUUAAUGGAAGAAAUGGUGACUCUGAGCUGCAGAAUGAAAAAUCCUUCCACCAACUUCAAAGCUGAUUUCUACAAAAAUGGACGUCUCAUCCAUAGAAGCUCCACAGGAAACAUGACCAUCCACAGGAUUUUCAAAUCAGAUGAAGGAUUUUACAAAUGUAUUAUCUCAGGAGUUGGAGAAUCACCAGAGAGCUGGCUGAAAGUCACAGAUUCUCAAAGUUUAAAAUACACACAUAAUCUAGACAAUAGCGUGUGCCAUUCCUCAGCUGCUGCCACACCUUGCAUCAUUACCACCAUUUUAGUCAGUGCUCUGUUGGUGGCAGUGGGACUGCAUCACUUUGGCAAAGGUUACUGGAAGAGAGAGACCGGCACAGUGGAUGCAGACAGAGAAAUAUAUGCUGCUGUAAGAAAGACAGGAGAUGAAGAUACAUUGCCCUCUAAACCUAGUUGCCACAGCGUAGGCCUUGGUGAUACUCAGCAACAAGCAGAAGCUGGAACCAGCACAGAGAUGUCCUCAGCAGGUCCCUGCAAACCCAAAGCAGAGGAUCCCCUCAAUUCCACUAAACCACAGGUUGCUGAGAGAGCGCCGCCUGAAAAAAUAGUCACAUCUGAAUGAGACCAAAAACAAAGAAGCAUUUUCACAUAUUGGUUUUGUUACUAAGAAAGUUGUACAUUAUCAUCUUAGUUUGGUGUUCAAGUCCAUAAACUGCUUUAGCUUAUUUUCUUGUUCAAUCAGAUCCGGCUAGUUACCUUUCCCAUGUUGUUACAACUAGAUCUAAAGUUUGAAUACAAGCAAAGGCACCUGCCUGAUAAUUAGAAGUUCAUCUUUAACCAACGUGGUCGAUCUUCUUUCCGUUUUUAGACAUGUAUGAAUGCUGUUACAAUAAAAGAGGUACUGCAGCUUUUAAAA